UGACACAAAAUGCGAGCUCAGUGCACGGCGGGCAGAUUACUACUACACACUACUGCUGCUGCUGCUGCUGCCGAGACAGGAGAGGCGUAGCUGCGCUGUGGAGACUGGAAGAGGAGAGAUCCACAUGGUCUCACAUGGUCUCUGGCUUCCCUUAUGGUUUUGUGGCCGGCCACACUCAGCGAUGACGACACACAUCCUCUCCGUUGAUCGUGACGCAUUCAAAGGGCGACAGACAGGAGAAGAGCCUUGGAGGACUUUUUGCUCAAAUAUUUAGAGGAAAACAUUUAACCUGAAAAACGACAAAUCAAUGUUUAGAUGUGUUCUUCCUAUGUAGUGCGUCCGCUUAACAAACUUAUGGGCGAUACGGUGGUAAAUGCGAAAAUCAUCUGUCAUACUGUAAAUAUAGGUGUGUGGUUCAUGAGCUGAUAGUGUCGACACACAGCCUGCAGCUGUUUAUUUAAACCCUCAGUAGACUGAUAUAUCAACCAUAGACUGUAUAUAAAAGAUAUCAACCUGACAAACAAAAAACUACAGCCGGCGUACUUCCGGACUACAAAUGAAACUAGGAGCCUGCUGGGUAAUGCGGUUCGUGUUGCGAUCCAGCUGCUGUGGGGGCCUGUCGCAUGUCACAGAAACACUGAACGCUUAGCUAAACCUCAAUGACUCUUAAUGAAGGAUUUUUCUCAGUGUAACUGUUUGCGCUUAUAAACGGGGGCGGUGUGAUCCAGAAGUGUCACAUCCAGACAUUUGAGACCAUGCACAACCUGGCACGGUACCUCAUCUUCUUUCAAUACAUUGGAACAAAAUACAGGGGUGUAAUGAAAGUGCCUCCACACCAGUUGCAUAUAAAAGGUGUCCAGGAUCACUUGGAGGACGCCAUAAGGAGACUGAAGCCACUCAACCCUGUAUCUCUGUCAGUCUCCAGCAGGACAGAUACAGGCGUCCACGCCCUCUCUAACUCUGCCCACUUCGACCUCCAACGCAGAAAUGAUAUGCCACCAUUUACUGAAGACAUUCUUGUCCAGGCCCUCAAUUUCCACCUCAGGACAGAGGAAAUCAGGGUCACCCAUGCCCACCGUGUGCCUGACAAUUUCCAUGCCCGUUUUCGUGCCCUGUCUCGGACCUACGUCUACCGGAUAGCGCUGGGAGUCUCCAACUUCUCUCAGCUUCCCCUCACAGACCACGAUCUGUGCUGGAGCCUCCGCAACACGGAGCUAGAUGUGGAAGCCAUGCACAAGGCUGCUGCCAUGUUUGUCGGGACUCAUGACUUCAGCAGCUUCAGGGCAGUCAACUCCGACAUUGCUUUUAAAAAUCCUGUCAAGACGAUGGAUGUGGUCAGCGUAAAGCCAGGAAGCUCCUUCGCACAUGCACACUUCUACAGGGAGAUGCCACUCUGGGAACUGACUUUUAGGGCUAAAUCUUUCCUCUACAAACAGGUGCGGAGGAUGACAGGGGCCAUGGUGGCAGUGGGCCUGGGGAAGCUUUCGGUUCCCCAGCUGAAAGAGAUCCUGGAGGCUCAGGACACUCUGGUCUACCCACAGGGCUUAGCUGCUCCAGCUCGCGGCCUCUUCCUCACCAGGGUGGACUACAAAGAGACAGACUUGCAGUUUCUCUCCAGUGGAAAUUCCGAAGAUUAAUCUGACUAACAAGCUCGUUCAUGUUUGUGUACUUUCAUGCAACUGUAUGCAAUGAAUGUAAUAAAGUUUUUGUAUUUAUA